AUCCCCAGCCGUGAGGCGCAAGAAGAGGCGCUGGAUGCUAAGGUGGAAAGCGGAGCUUGUGUGUGCCAGGAGGCAGGCGUGGUGAGGUGCGCUUUGGAGCCUGCUGUUGUUGGCGCUGGGCUCGGGAGGCCCCUGAACAUGGCGCUGUGUGCUGCGUGUGCCAGCCCCAAGAGAUUCCCGUGUGGAAGAAGGGAGAGGAUGAAGGAGGCCGAGGGCCCUUUUCUCGGGGCCGGCUCCUCUGUGGCCUCUUGCUUGCCGGAGAGAAGGGCUGCCCGCUGGGCACAGGGGGUGCCUUCUAGCUGCCGUCCCGUGCCCUGUCCUGCAGCCCCCUCCUCAUGCUAUGUGGAACGCCAUGGCCAGCAGUGCGGCUGCCAUUUUAGAACCUUCGCCGCAUCACAGCCGUCACCUUGGUCACCGCUGCCCCGGCCAACGCACUCGCCUCUGAGAGCUCUGGCAGCCAUGUCAGGAGCAAAGAGAGCGAGGGGCGAAGCUUGCCCAAUUUCCAAUAGGAAGGGAGAGCUGGGGGCCCCAGAAGCGAAGAGGAGGAGGGGGGCCGCCUUUAAGAUCAAGCGGAGGAGGAAGGAAAAGAGAGUGCGUUUCCAUCGCGCCUGGACCAGCGCUGUGACCACCUCCGUGGAGCCCAUGGAGGUGGAUCCACCUCCGGAUGAGCCCAUGGAGGUGGAUCCACCUCCGGAUGAGCCCAUGGAGGUGGAUCCGCCUGCGGCACAGCUGGCCUGGCACCACACCACCGUGCCAGGCCCCGCAUCGGCGCCGUCCCACCGCCGCUGGUCCAGGCGCUCGGCUCCCUACCCGCUGCGCGGCCCCCGCCCCCAGCAUUAGCUGGGUGGCAUUAGUUUCCAUCAGCUCCUCCUCUGGAGCCAAUUCUGCGGGCCCCCAGCUCCAUCUUCACCCUGUUAUGUCCCCGUCCCUGUUUUUCUUGUUGAUUUUAGUGUUAAGUUUAGUGUUAGUGUUAGGAGUAGGUUAUUGUUCAUGUUUCAGAGUUAGGCAUAGGUUACUCGUAGUCUUUUAGUGUUAGGCAUAGGUUCCUGUUCUUCUGUUCGAGUUAGGCAUAGGUUAGUUGUAGUCUUUUAGUGUUAGGCAUAGGUUCCUGUUCAUACUUGACAGUUAGGGGUCGCUUGCUGGUGUCAGGUGGAAGUGAGCAGCGCUCACUCGGUAAGCACACGGCUGAUUGAUCGUGCGAAGACAUGAGUGCGAGUGCCGUGAGCACGGAGGCCCGAUGGCAUCUUGGAUGGAUUGAAUUUGCAGCUUGUGACUUUUGUGUUGCAGAC